AUGACGCUAAAUACAUCAACCAGACGAAGACCUAGAUGGACCAAUAGCAAUCAGGCGAAUCAACAACUAUCAAAAUACCACGUCAAUGAUAAUUUCCUAGCGACUCCUUCGUUAAGGAGCCGACAAGGUACUGACCUAUUCCAUCCUUGGCUGAAGAUAUGUACUCGACAGCUAACAGAUGGGCUAUAUCCUAGAAUGGUGGCUGAAGCUUCCGAGGACUGCCCUCUAAGGAAAAGACAACCUGUUAUUAAUCAUCUGUAGGACUGGUCUGGCCAUCGCGGCUCAAAGUCACCUUUAGGUGAUGUACUGAUAACUGUUCUUUGGGCUAUGAUGGGAUGGAUAAGACUGGAUAGGAUUUAUUUGAUCACCUGUGUCUUUUCCUGUCAUUUUCAAGUAUAUAUUUAUCUGCUGACAUUAGGGAUAACUGCGUCCACUCAUCUCAUUCUAAAAUACAGUGAAGUCGAAUAUUCUCCACCACCACUCUAGUAUGACAAUAUUACUAACUACACUUUAUCGUGAAAUUUA